CUGCGCUCUCCAUCUUUCUUAAGCACAAAGAUGUCUUUCAUAGGUUCUUCCCGAGAUGUAUUAAAAUUUGUAAUAUCACUGGUAAUACUCAGUCAAAUUCUCCUGCACGGAGUAGACAGUGCCUCUGUGGAUUCUCAAUACAUAAAAAGUGAUGAAGUGCAAUUAAAUACUAUUGAAUAUGAAUCACAGUUUGGCAGAGAUAAUAAAUUUCUGCAUAAACGACCAACUAAACCAACACCACCUCAACCCAACGUGACAAAACCUGUGGAAAACUCGACAUAUGUGCCUGAAUCGAGUACUACAGCAAAUGAUUUGACUUCUGCACCCGAACAGAGCACCACAAUAGAGAGCGAUACUACAUCCACUCCUGAAGAUAGCAGCACAGCUGAGGAUUCGACCUCUGCACCUGAAGACAGCACCACAGCUGAGGAUUCCACUUCCGCACCUGGAAAGAGCACCACAGCUGAGGAUACCACUUCUGCACCUGAACAGAGCACCACAGUAGAGGACGAAACAACAUCCGCUCCUGAAGAGAGUACUACUGCUGAGGAUUCGACUUCUGCGCCUGAAGAGAGCACCACAGCUGAGGAUUCGACUCCUGCACCUGAAGAGAGCACCACAGCUGAGGAUUCGACAUCUGCGCCUGAAGAGAGCACCACAGCUGAGGAUUCGACUUCUGCACCUGAAGAUAGCACCACAGCUGAGGAUUCGACUCCUGCACCUGAAGAGAGCACCACAGCUGAGGAAGAAACAACAUCCGAUCCUGAAGAGAGUACUACUGCUGAGGAUUCGACUUCUGCGCCUGAAGAGAGCACCACUGCUGAGGAUUCCACUUCUGCACCUGAACAGAGCACCACAGUAGAGGACGAAACAACAUCCGCUCCUGAAGAGAGUACUACUGUUGAGGAUUCGACUUCUGCAUCUGAAGAUAGCACCACAGCUGAGGAUUCCACUUCCGCACCUGAAGAUAGCACCACAGCUGAGGAUUCGACUCCUGCACCUGAAGAGAGCACCACAGCUGAGGAAGAAACAACAUCCGAUCCUGAAGAGAGUACUACUGCUGAGGAUUCGACUUCUGCGCCUGAAGAGAGCACCACUGCUGAGGAUUCCACUUCUGCACCUAAACAGAGCACCACAGUAGAGGACGAAACAACAUCCGAUCCUGAAGAGAGUACUACUGCUGAGGAUUCGACGUCUGCGCCUGAAGAGAGCACCACUGCUGAGGAUUCCACUUCUGCACCUGAAGAUAGCACCACUGCUGAGGAUUCCACUUCUGCACCUGAAGAUAGCACCACAGCUGAGGAUUCGACUCCUGCACCCGAAGAGAGCACCACAGCUGAGGAAGAAACAACAUCCGAUCCUGAAGAGAGUACUACUGCUGAGGAUUCGACAUCUACGCCCGAAGAUAGCACAACAGCUGAGGAUUCGACUUCUGCACCUGAAGAUAGCACCACAGCUGAGGAUUCCACUUCUGCACCUGAACAGAGCACCACAGUAGAGGACGAAACAACAUCCGCUCCUGAAGAGAGUACUACUGCUGAGGAUUCGACUUCUGCGCCUGAAGAGAGCACCACUGCUGAGGAUUCCACUUCUGCACCUGAACAGAGCACCACAGCUGAGGACGAAACAACAUCCGAUCCUGAAGAGAGUACUACUGCUGAGAAUUCGACAUCUGCGCCUGAAGAUAGCACCACAGCUGAGGAUUCGACUCCUGCACCUGAAGAGAGCACCACAGUAGAGGACGAAACAACAUCCGAUCCUGAAGAGAGUACUACUGCUGAGGAUUCGACUUCUGCGCCUGAAGAGAGCACCACUGCUGAGGAUUCGACUUCUGCACCUGAAGAUAGCACCACAGCUGAGGAUUCGACUCCUGUACCUGAAGAGAGCACCACAGCUGAGGAAGAAACAACAUCCGAUCCUGAAGAGAGUACUACUGCUGAGGAUUCGACUUCUGCGCCUGAGGAUAGCACCACUGCUGAGGAUUCCACUUCUGCACCUGAAGAUAGCACCACAGCUGAGGAUUCAACUCCUGCACCUGAAGAGAGCACCACAGCUGAGGAAGAAACAACAUCCGAUCCUGAAGAGAGUACUACUGCUGAGGAUUCGACUUCUGCGCCUGAGGAUAGCACCACUGCUGAGGAUACGACUUCUGCGCCAGAACAGAGCACCACAGUAGAGGACGAAACAACAUCCGCUCCUGAAGAGAGUACUACUGCUGAGGAUUCGACUUCUGCACCUGAAGAUAGCACCACAGCUGAGGAUUCGACUCCUGCACCUGAAGAGAGCACCACAGCUGAGGAAGAAACAACAUCCGCUCCUGAAGAGAGUACUACUGCUGAGGAUUCGACUUCUGCGCCUGAAGAGAGUACUACUGCUGAGGAUUCGACUUCUGCGCCUGAAGAGAGCACCACCGCUGAGGAUUCCACUUCUGCACCUGAACAGAGCACCACAGUAGAGGACGAAACAACAUCCGCUCCUGAAGAGAGUACUACUGCUGAGGAUUCGACUUCUGCGCCUGAAGAGAGCACCACUGCUGAGGAUUCCACUUCUGCACCUGAACAGAGCACCACAGUAGAGGACGAAACAACAUCCGCUCCAGAAGAGAGUACUACUGCUGAGGAUUCGACUUCUGCACCUGAAGAUAGCACCACAGCUGAGGAUUCGACUCCUGCACCUGAAGAGAGCACCACAGCUGAGGAAGAAACAACAUCCGCUCCUGAAGAGAGUACUACUGCUGAGGAUUCGACUUCUGCGCCUGAAGAGAGCACCACUGCUGAGGAUUCCACUUCUGCACCUGAACAGAGCACCACAGUAGAGGACGAAACAACAUCCGCUCCAGAAGAGAGUACUACUGCUGAGGAUUCGACUUCUGCACCUGAAGAUAGCACCACAGCUGAGGAUUCGACUCCUGCACCUGAAGAGAGCACCACAGCUGAGGAAGAAACAACAUCCGCUCCUGAAGAGAGUACUACUGCUGAGGAUUCGACUUCUGCGCCUGAAGAGAGCACCACUGCUGAGGAUUCCACUUCUGCACCUGAACAGAGCACCACAGUAGAGGACGAAACAACAUCCGCUCCUGAAGAGAGUACUACUGUUGAGGAUUCGACUUCUGCAUCUGAAGAUAGCACCACAGCUGAGGAUUCCACUUCCGCACCUGAAGAUAGCACCACAGCUAAGGAUUCGACUUCUGCACCUGAAGACAGCACCACAGCUGAGGAUUCGACUUCUGCACCUGAAGAUAGCACCACAGGUAAGGACGAAACUACUUCUGCGCCUGGAGAGAGCACUACAGCUGAGAGUUCUACUUCUGAUCCUGUAGAGAGCACAGCAGAGAGCACCACAGAUGAUGUUGAUUCUACAGCUGUCCAAGGCAGCUCAUCACCAUUGGAUUCGACAACCGAGCCAGCGAUAACAAAUCCUGAUUCCACUGAGACAACUUUAGCUGGAACUGGAUCGACGUCUAGCCCGGCGACGUCGCCAUCUCCUAUACCGCCGAUGUCUUGUGCCAGUGGCGCUGCCUAUUUGCCGCAUCCAUCGGAUUGCCAUAAAUUUAUACAGUGUGGCAACGGACAUGAAUACAUCAUGAAUUGUCCAGAUGGUCUCUUCUGGAACUAUCAGAACUUAUACUGCGGCUAUGAUGACAGUGGAUGCUUCAACAACAGUGGCAAUAUUAAUGGCGAGGAACGGAUUUGCAAGAACGGAAUAGAUUUUCUGUCAGACCCAAGCGAUUGUACUAAAUAUAUCCAGUGCAGCAAUGGUCAACCAAUAGUACAGAAGUGUCCCGAGCCUUUGUAUUGGAAUCCCGUCCUGAAAGCUUGUGAUUGGUCCAGCAUCUAUUGUAAAACUCAGAAACAAGAGAAUGAAACCACAUCUUGUGCAAUGGGUAUGAAUUUCGAUGUUCUCCCAACCGACUGUUCAAAAUACAUCAAGUGUUUCGGGGAGCGCGGCGUUGUGAUGAGCUGUAAUUCUGGACUUUUCUGGAACCCUGUAAAGGAAGUAUGCGAAAAAUCACAGCGGUUCUGCAAGUAAUAUGAGAGCUUGACUAGUUACUCGUACAAA